UGGACAAGACGUCCUGCUCUCCCUGCCUCUCUCCCAGCUCCAGGGUCAGAGCGCCACGGCCAAAGAGAAGACGGUGGCCGUCCCACGGGGCACGGUCUUGGCCUGCUGGGCGCUGCAGCUGGUGAUGGAGGAGGAUCGCCGGGGUACGCGGAGGCUGGAGGAGCAGGAACAGCUGCGACGCGACUCUCCCUCUGGGAGGGCUGGGAGCGGGGCAGGGGCUGCGUCCAAGUGGGGGGCAGGAAGAGGGAGAGGGGGGCCGUUUCCUCGUUGGCCUGGGCAAGCAGCCAGCCAGGCAGAUACUGAAAGGGCGUGCCUUUCGCAGAGGGCUGCCGAGGCCAGCUCUCAGGGAGGGCUUGCAAGCCAGCCGGUGCCCUGCUUGUCCCGGGGGGCCGGGGAUGGGGGGAUGUGACUGGGGAAGGGUCGUGUUACCUAAUUGGCACAGAGAACCACGUGGAGCAGGGCUGGUCCUGCUCGUCCGCGGCCCGGGGACUCCUCUCCUUUCCCUGCCUGGUGCCCCCACGCAGCUGUGCGGUACCUGCCUGAAGGAAAGCUCCGGAGAGACAGCGGCGGAGGUGAGUGACCCCUGCCAGAGCCCAAGAACGCAGCCAGAAAUCACUCCUUCCCCGAAGAGUGCCCUGACCCCAUCGUUGGGGUCCCUUCCCUCCCCACGCGCUCACCCCGCGUCACCCGGGCAGGGAGGGCCGUGUGCUCUCUCCCCGGUGGGAAGGAGAUGGGCUGGAAAACCCAGGACCAGGCUGUGGGGAGAAGGAUGCUGAGUGCAGGAGGCGCAGGCCGGCUCCAGGCUCCAGCUCCAGUCUUUUUUUUUUGUUUUGUUUUGUUUUUUUGCGGUACGCGGGCCUCCCUCUGUUGUGGCCUCUCCCGUUGCGGAGCACAGGCUCCGGACGCGCAGGCGCAGCGGCCAUGGCUCACGGGCCCAGCCGCCCCGCGGCAUUGUGGGAUCUUCCCAGACCGGGGCGCGAACCCGGUUCCCCUGCAUCGGCAGGCGGACGCGCAACCACUGCGCCACCAGGGAAGCCCCCAGCUCCAGUCUUGGUCGCCACACCCGCACGGCGGGGAGGCUGGGACUUUUCUUACCCGGUCAGGAGGAUCAGCGAUGAUGUCUGGACAGCGUUCGGUACCUGGAAGGCUGGUUCUCAAGAGGCAGUUUGCACUGUUAACAAGACAGGAGUGGGAAGGCAGGGGCGCCUGACCGCUGCCAGACCCGCCCACCUGUGCCGUGGUGCUUAGCGCCUGAGAAGCCCUGUCUUAGCCAUCCCAGUGGGGCAACUGGCCGGAGGUGGGGCUCAGCCUGGGGGGUCUCAGGAGCAGACACACAGCAGGCCCUUGGGCAGAGGAGUGGCCUUUCUUUGAGCUGAAGCGUCAGCCCUGGGCAGGGCGGGAGAGCAGGGGAGAGGCGAGGAUAAGCCCUGUGGGCGGUACCUGCUAUGUCGUCGGCGCUCAGAAAAUGCUCACGGAAGGAAGCGGGGUGGGGCGGGAAGGAGGGAGGAAGGCAGAGGUGAGCCCAUCAGGGUGUGCUCCGCCUGACGCGGGAGCUUCCCCGGGGCCAGGUCUGUGACGCCGGGACCUCCUGGUCAGGUUCAGGACACCAGGGCCCGAGUGGCGCAGGGCAGGGAGCCCGGGGAAGGGCUCCGGCACGUGCUGAUGCCUCUCGCCACAGACGCGGCCUUUGGCCGGGCCCCAGGAAGACGGAGGGGGACGGGAGUAGUCUUACUGAAGACCACGCAGCACUUCCAAGGCAGGCACGGUUCCCACCUUCUGGAAUCUUCUGGGGAAAGACGGCCCCAGAGAUACCUGGUGGGGCUUCUCCCCAGCUCAGGGCUCCUCUAUCCCAGCCCUUCCUGCCGGGGCUGCCAGGCCCGUGAGGAGAGUCACAGGUGCCACAGACCCUUGGUGGCCCUCGCCCCCCCACCCCGUCCCUCCACGGUGCUGAGUGACACCCAACGCUACCUGCUGGCCCAGUGCCUGGAGAGAGGGGUCCUGCCUCAGCGGCUGGAGCUGGUGGCGAGCAUCUUAGAGCCAAACUUCAACCAGACGGAGGAAACAACCUUCUCCCUCCCACCGGAAGUGCUCUCGUCCCUGCAGAGUGAGGAUGUGGCCCUCACCCGGAGCCUGGUGGAGGGCUGUGAGCUGGAGCCGCAGGGCCCCGGCCGCCAACUCACCUGGGACCCUGGCAUGGUGCCACAGCCGUCUGCGCUCUACGUGUCCCUCGCAGGGCUGCAGCUGCUGGCCGCCCCCGGCCCUGCAGCCCUCCAGGCUGAUGCCUGAGAAGGGUGCCACCCUCACUCCAGGGAGCUGUUGGCCUGGAGCCUCUGAGCAGGGCCGGGAUGCAGUGGCCCCUCCGGCAGCCACAGGUGGCUGUGGGGCUCCCCGGGACUGGCUCACACACCCUCUUCUCUCCCUCACAGGAUGGCCCCCAGACGUUAGUUGCCUGUCCACAUCUGGGGCGGGGGGCACCAGUUAGGCUAGGGUCCUACCUUGGAUCAGGCUGCUUCCUGGAGAGGCAGUAGAGGCUGGUUCCAGAACAGCCUGGCCUCCAUUCACUGCUCCACCACCGACAGCUGGGUAGCUCUGGGCACGUCCGGCCUUCUCUGUGUUUCCUCCUCCUGUAAAAUUACCCCGUAAAGUGGGGUGAUAAGAAUUCCUAGCUCACGGGAUCGCGGCGAAGAUUUGAAAAGUUGUACAUAAAGUGCUCAGAACAGUGCCUGGCUGUCAGCUAUUAUUGCGCGAUGUUGUUAUUAUUAAUAAUAGUGUCACUGUUCUGGAAGAAGCUGCCAGACCUUUCUCCAGGUUAACAAAGGACUUGGACAACCUCCCCUUAAUUUCAGCUCCCUGCAGCUCUCCUGCAGCCUGUUUUCCCAUUUGUAAAAUAAGAGUGACGGAUCAAACUGCUCAGUCGUCACCCAGCCGCACCAUUCGGGGAUUCCACUACAGACUGGGGUGCAGGCCAAGGGCUGUGCAUCUUUGUGUGAGCAGUGGGGGGUGUGGGCACGCACACGCGUGUGUAAGGGCGUGCACGGGGAGAGCCUGAGCACACAUCACAGGCCAGAAGCAGCUCUCCCGACUCCCAGCUCCGUGCUCUUCCUAGCAGAGCACACCCAGACAGAAACAGACCUCAGUAAGACAGCGCUCAGAGGCAGACAGAUCACGUGGUUUUGCCCACUCUCAGCAGGAUCACUUUAUAUAUUCUCUUCGACUGAUAAAACCUGUCUAGCAAUCAAACA